UUUCCCUCUCAGAAAACUUCUACUGAAAAACAAACAAACGAAAAAAAAUCACAGAGAAAGGAAAUUUAAAUCAUGUCUUGUGCAGUUGCAGUUUCGAACAAUUUAAUGUCUACAGUAUUUUCACCAACUAAUUCUAGAGUUUCUUCUUCGUUGUUUUGCAAACCUUUAACUUCAUCUUCUUCGACAACUACGUCUGCGCUUCCAAAGAGACACAGGCCAGCCAGAAUUGAUAUACCAGUUGUUCCGUCGAGUUUUUUAUCUUUAGAAACACCAAAAGGAAAUGAUAUCAAUGGUAUUAUUACUAGAAGGGAGAUCGAGGUUGAAGAAGAAGAGUUCUCUGUUUAUUGUAAGAAAGGAAGAAAAGCUGCAAUGGAAGAUCGGUAUUCUGCUUCCGUUGGUCUACUUGGUGAUCCUAAACAGGCAUUCUUUGGUGUAUAUGAUGGUCAUGGUGGUGCAAAAGCUGCGGAAUUUGCAUCCAAGCAUAUGGAGAAUAACAUUAUGAAUGAAUUGUCGAGUAGAGGAGCUGAUGAACAAAUUGAGGAGGCGGUUAAAUCUGGUUACUUACUUACAGACUCGGAGUUUUUGAAAGAGGAUGUGCGUGGCGGGAGUUGUUCGGUUACUGCGUUGAUUAGAAAUGGUCAUCUUGUUGUCUCCAAUGCCGGUGAUUGUCGUGCUGUUAUGAGUCGAGGAGGGAUUUCAGCGCCCCUUACAGAUGAUCAUAAACCUUCAAGACCAGACGAGAAAGAAAGAAUUGAAGCUCUGGGUGGUUAUGUGGAUUAUGUUCAUGGUGGAUGGAGACUACAAGGUUCUUUAGCGGUAUCUCGAGGGAUUGGGGAUCAACAUCUUAAACAAUGGGUUAUUGCAGACCCCGAAACUAAAAUCUUUAGGCUCGAAUCUGACUGCGAGUUCUUAAUUUUAGCUUCUGACGGGUUAUGGGAGAAGGUUACCAACGAGGAAGCUGUAGAUGUUGUUCGUGCUCUGUGCUUUGACGGCAAUAAACGGCCAUUGUUAUCGGCAUGCAAAAAGAUUGCAGACAUGGCUGUAUCUCGAGGUUCUAACGACGAUAUAACCGUGAUGCUAAUCAAGUUGGGCAAUUUUAUUUGAUGAGAGUACUUGGGUGGGAAGGGCCCAAGUUUUUUAUUGGAACAUUUUCUUGUUUUCUUUCCAAUUGCGCAAGCAGCAAAAUAACUCCAACAAUCCAAACACUAAAUUAGUAGUACAGUUUUUGUUAACAAUUCUUUUUAGAAGGGAAGGGGAAAUCCUUCCAGCCAUCUCAUUGUCAGCCGGUUAUGUUUUGUGUCCGGUGAUUGUUGUUGAUGGUGUUAAUUACUGAUCAUAAUGACCGCAUGUUUGUCGGUCUUUUCUUCUUAUAUAAAAUCCAAUAGUUGCCAUUGUUAUUGCUGCGAAA